AUGGAAUCGUGGCCUCGGCAGCAGGGUGUUGACUCAGAAUGGAUAUCUACCAAUAUUUUGCCGGACUCAUUUAAUCUCAGUGCAACGCUUAAUAGUGGCCAGGCGUUUAGAUGGGUCGAAGGACCUAACUCUCUGGAAUUUGUCGGCGUAAUCGGUGAUCGUGUCUGGCGGCUACGCCAGACCUCUGCAGACACCCCUGUUGCCUUUCACAGAAGCUGUGCCACUACCACCGAGCUGGAACUUUUGAGGACACGAGGCCAAAUCCCCCUACCUCUGGUCUCCUACUUUCGUCUCGAUACUUUUCUCGACGACCUAUUCUCCACGUGGUUAGAUAAAGACCACCUGCUUCGCGAAUUCUUCUCUUCUUCGUAUAUGCAAGGUAUAAAUCGUUUCAAAGGUCUGCGUCUGCUGAAUCAGGACCCCCGAGAAGCCAUUUUUGCGUUCAUAACAUCUGCAAAUAAUAACGUUCCUAGAAUAAGCAAACUCCUCAUUGCUCUGAGUGUCCGCUAUGGUAAGAAGAUGUGGUCGCACGAGACAGUAUCUGUCUACUCCUUCCCCACUCUCGAGGUUCUUGCUCGUCCCGGGACUGAAGUAGAACUUCGUAAAAUUGGCUUUGGAUAUCGAGCUAAAUUCAUCCCUGCGGUCGCCCGAAAAUUGAUCGAAGCUGGUGGUGACGCAUUUCUUCCAAAGCUCCGUGUUGCAUCGUACAAGGAAUGCAAGACCUUUCUUCUUGACCUUCCUGGCAUUGGAAAUAAGGUGGCUGAUUGCAUCUGCCUCUCGUGCCUAAACAAAGUGGAAGUGGUCCCAGUGGAUGUGCACAUCUCACGGGCGGCCGCGCUUCGAGGUGUCUGGCCUCCCACCACCACCGCUUCCUCCUCUUCCCCCUCCUCGACCGCCUACCGCCAUAUUUCUCAGGGUCUCUCUGAACUUUGGCACCCCUUUGCCGGCUGGGCGCAAGUAAUCGUCUUCUCCAUCCAUCUUCACGGCCAAUCCAAUGGAACUAAACGCACGAACACCAAAUCCAAGCCUAAGAAGGAGGCUGCAAAUAGCGGUGCUGCUACUUCCACUUCCGACGUUCCCAUCUCACGGCGAAAGAGGGCAAGGCAUAGGUGA